CAGCCGCUGCGCCUGGACAUCAAACGCAAGCUCAGCUCGCGCUCCGAGCGCGUCAAGAGCGUGGACCUGCACCCGACGGAGCCGUGGGUGCUCUCGGCGCUCUACUCGGGCAGCCUCAUGAUCUGGAACUACGCCACGCAGUCGCUGGUCAAGACGCUCGAGGUGUCGUCGCUGCCCGUGCGCAACGCCAAGUUCGUGGCGCGCAAGCAGUGGAUCAUCGCCAGCUCGGACGACAUGCAGGUGCGCGUGUUCAACUACAACACGAUGGAGAAGGUCACGAACUUCGAGGCCCACAGCGACUACAUCCGCCACAUCGAGGUGCACCCGACGCUGCCCUGCUUCCUCACGUGCGCCGACGACAUGACCAUCAAGCUCUGGGACUGGGACAAGAGCUUCGCGUGCUCGCAGGUCUUCGAGGGCCACGGCCACUACGUCAUGAUGGUCAAGUUCAACCCCAAGGACGCGCACACCUUCGCCAGCGCCUGUCUGGACCGCACCGUGCGCGUCUGGGGGCUCGGCUCGAGCCACGCGCACUUCUCGCUCGAGGGCCACGAACGCGGCGUCAACUGCGUCGCCUACUACCCGGGCGGAGACAAGCCCUACCUGCUCUCGGGCAGUGACGACCGCACGGUCAAGGUCUGGGACUACCAGACCAAGGCCAUCGUCCACACCCUGGACGGACACGGCAACAACCUCACGUCUGUGCUGUACCACCCGAGACUGCCGCUCAUCAUCUCUGCCUGCGAGGACGGCGCUGUGCGCAUGUGGCACUCCACCACGUACAGGGCGGAGACGACGCUCAACUACGGCAUGGAGCGCAGCUGGUCGCUCGCGGCGCUGCCCUCGGCCAACACGCUCGCUAUCGGCUACGACGAAGGCACCAUCGUGCUCCGGCUUGGACACGACACUCCCGUGGUCAGCAUGGAUGCCGGCGGCAGCGGAAAGCUCAUCUGGACGACCAACAACGACGUCCACACGGCCAGCGUCAAGGGCGUGGUGGCCGAGAUGGGUCUCCAGGACGGCGAGAAGCUGCCGCUGGUCUCGAGGGACCUCGGAAGCUGCGAAGUGUACCCGCAGAAGGUGCAGCACAACAGCAACGGCCGCUACGUCGUGGUCUGCGGUGACGGCGAGUACAUCAUCUACACGGCGCAGCAGCUUCGUAACAAGGCCUUCGGAGCCGCGCUGGACUUCUGCUGGUCGCCAACGGGCACGGGCGACUACGUCGUGCGCGAGAGCAUCUCGAAGCUCACGCUGUUCCGCAACUUCAAGGAGGUCAAGAGCGAGAAGCCGCGUGUGCUGUCUGCUGAGGGCCUAUUCGGCGGCACGGGAGCUAUUGGUGUUAAGGGCAACGACGCCAUUGCCAUGUUUGACUGGGAGGAGCUGCGUCUGAUCCGCAAGAUCGACGUUGUCGUGAAGAACGUCUUCUGGUCGGAGAACGGCAGCCUCGUUGUGCUCGCGUGCGAGUCGAGCUUCUUCGUGCUGCGCUACAACAAGGAGCUCGUGGCGCAGGCGUUCGCUGCGGGCACGAACUCGCCCGAGGAAGGAGUGGACGGCGCCUUUGACCUGCUGCACGAAAUCUCCGAGAAGGUUGGCACGGGUACUUGGGUGGGAGACUGCUUCCUGUACACCAACGCCGGCGGCCGACUGAACUACUACGUGGGCGGUGAGGUUAUGACGCUUGCCCACCUCGAGCAGAAGAUGUACCUGUUGGGCUACCUGCCUCGGGAGAACCUGGUGUUCCUCAUGGACAAGAUGAAGAAUGUCGUGAGCUACACUGUGUCGCUGGUCAUGCUCGAGUACCAGACUGCCGUGGUGCGCCGCGACUUCGAGAGCGCUAAUGCCAUCUUGCCCAAGAUCCCGGCGGACCAAAUGGAUUACGUGGCUCGGUUCCUUGAGUCUCAAGGCUUCAAGGAAGAAGCCCUGGCGCUAAGUACCGACCCGGACCAGAAGUUCGAUCUCGCUGUGCAGCUCGCCAAACUGGACGUGGCACGCGACAUCAUGCUGCAGGAGAUUGACAAGGGCGACAAGGGCAAGGAUAUGGACAUUGAGACCCAGCACAAGUGGAAGCAGCUGGGCGAUCUUGCCCUCAACGACUGCCAGCUCUCUCUUGCUGAGGACUGCGCGCUCCGUGCCGAUGACUUCAGUCUAAUGCUCAUCCUGUACACAAGUCGUGGAGACAAGGAGGGCCUUGUGCGUCUUGCUGGGCUUGCUCGUGAGAAGCGUCGUUACAACAUUGCAUUUAUCUGUUGGCUGCUGCUUGGCAAGACCACGGAGUGUGUUGAGGUGCUGAAGGAGACCAAGCGUUUCCCUGAGGCUGCGUUCUUUGCCCGCAGCUACUGCCCGUCUAAGAUGCAGUUGGUUAUGGACAAGUGGCGAGAGGACUUGGCUGCUGUUAGCUCUCGUGCAGCCAAGGCACUGGCCGAUCCCACGCGUAACGCCGAGUUGUUCGAGAACCUGGAGGCAUCCAUGCAGGCCGAGGCUACUCUUCUCGCUCAAAACGGC